CACACUCGCGCGUCAGUGUCGCCUCAUCAGUUUGCUCGCGAGCUCUGCAGCGCCAGGACGCGCGGUGCGAGGGGUCCGCGCAGGCUUCCUCUCGACCCUCUCGGACUCCCGUCUUCCCGAAACGAGCUUUCAGAUGGCCGUGCCUUUUACCUUCGCUUGCACGCUUUCCUACGUGGCAUCCGUGCACACCGCGCCUCCCGCUGCUCACAGCCCACGCCGCGCAUAGCGCGCUGAUCCUGCAACAUGCCCAGGCAAAUCGGAUUCAGCGUCCUGUCCGCGACCAGUGAGGACGAAAGGCACUCGUCGCUCGAGUUGAACAUCCACGGCCCGACCGUCCGCGGAUGGCAAAGUGCGAGGAGGUGCACGUAUCCUCAGGAAAUCAUACUUCGCCUCAACAAGCCUGCUAAGCUCACCAGGAUCCAAGUGUUGGCCCACCAAUAUCUCAUUCCUGAAAAAUUAGAAAUCUGGACGUCGAGUAAGGAGCACCCAAUGUGUUUGUCCGACUUUACUUAUCUAGGUUACAUCACAUUAUCGGAUAAUGGCUCAACUCUGUACAAGAGCAGAGAACUGAAGAGCGUCGCUCUUCCAGAAACUGACGCACAUUCGAUUAAGCUAAGGCUCUUCAAGCCGCACUGCAACGCUCACAAUGUCUAUGACCAGGUUGGCCUCAUUGCCGUGAACAUUCUCGGAGAAGCAUGCGGUCAACAGGCGAGUGGCCAAGGCGAAGCUUCGUACAAUCCGCAUUAUCUUUCGCCGUACGACGAUCUGUCCUUCGACAUGUACGUCGAUAGGGAAGUCGCCAAAAUCAUCAGGCAAAUGGAAUUGAAAAAGCUGGCUGCUGUCGAAGAUGAACGUUUCGAAUACGCGUCGAAGUUGAAAAUAGCCAUGGAAAGCUUGAGGAAGGCGGGAGAGCGUUUGGGAAAACUGGAAUUGGAGAAAAAAUACGCGAUAGCUCUCGAGGAUUACGACAAGGCGAAGACGAAAAAGAUUCAAGCCGAUGAAUUUCGGCAGCAAGUUUAUGACAGUUUGGAAAUCGAGGAUCUGCUCGAAGUGGACGGGCCGCUCGAGAAGAAUAAUAUGCUAGCUUUUGAAGAAAAGGAAGAUGCCUAUGCAGAUGCUGUAGCUUCUGUAUCCGUGAGAAUUCGAGAAGAGGUGGACUGCCAUAAAAGAUUGUCAGUUCCAUCGAGCCGCGAAGGUGCCUUGUCCCCAACCGGACCUGCGAAUCAACAGCCAAUUUCGCCUCUGCAUCAAAAGCCCAACAGUCCUGAAAUAACCGACAGCCCUCCGAACGGACUUUCGGACCGUCAAAACAUAUACAAAGGAUCUCUCAGAAGAAAAAUAAAAUCUGCGGGGCCAACUCUCAGAACAAGCUAUGAAGCUUACGAGGAAAGAACGAUUCCUGCUUUGAGACACUCUCACACGAACGAGUUUACCAGAGAAUGCCAUACGGAUAAUGCCGAAGUUAAGCUCCCAUCAAAAUUAAACGACAGAGAAAAGAAGCAAGCUGCCUUGCCGAUAGCAGUUUUUGGAAUGGAACUGGUGGAAAAGUUUUAUUCAAAGCAGUUCACGGAUAAAGAAGAGGGACUGAUCAAAUUAAAAGAAGAACUCCGAUCGUUCGAUCCAGACGUAUCAAAACAUUCGGCAAACAAAACGGCUAGAGCAGCCAUUUUAUUGCUACAUAGAGCCCUUAGAGAUAAAGUCUUUAGUGUUUAUAGUUUAGCGGCAGAGCUCAUAAGAAUAUUUUUCUCAGAGUUUUCUAGUGAAAGAGUAUCUUUGACGGAGCUUGCGAGGAGCGUAGAAAAGAUACUUCCUGAACUUUUGACGAAGUCAGGUGAUACGACACCUAGAAUGCACAACUUGGCCGUGCACACUAUCCUCAGUAUGGCUGAUUGCAAAUGCGUUAGAGACCUCCACAUUAUACCAGUUCAUCUUACGAGACCAGUUAGCAGUAGCACGCAUCAAAGGCUAGCGCUCAGCAGGCUUGAAAUGGUCGAACAACUGAUUCUCAAUCACGGGAUCUCAAUGGACAAACAGAGUGGUCUGACAUGUCGGACCUUAUCUGAAUUGGGUUGUUCCGGAUUGCAUCACCCUGCAGAAGCAGUGAGAAAAGUUUCUGAACGAAUUUUAGUGCUAAUAUACAGGGUAAACCCAAGACUAGUUCGUAAACAGCUGCCGCCUGAUGAUGACGUAACCAGGAGAAAUUUGUUGUAUCGUCAAUUAUUUCACGAAUUUGAUCUCAUCGAUUUCGAGCGAGGAAAAAAAGUGGAAGUUGGUAAAAAGACAACACCAACGCGAACGAGAUCAAUCGACAGGAAUGUUGCAAAUACAGCCAAGAGUCCACCUCACGCUAGUCCACCAGUCAGCGUUCGAAGCUCUGCGAGUGUUACUUCGCAAUCCGAUACAAGUACAGAAGAGAAAUCGGAGAAAACGUGCAUUUUCUGCUUAUCGAAGGGGCAAGUUUUUACGGAGGAGGAUUUAAGUGAUCAUUAUUGGGGGAGCUGUCCAAUGCUGACCAAAUGUGAAGCUUGUAAACAAGUGGUAGAAAUUUCAUACUUGAAUUCUCAUUUAUUAUGUGAAUGCGAUCAUAGAAAUAAUUACGUUAAGUGUAGCACUUGCAAACAGGCUGUACUCGAGAAAAAAUUCACUGAACACACAGGGGAUAACGUAUGCACAAAGCCCAUAGAAGGAUGCGACCGAUGUCCACUUUGUCAAGCAUACAUUAAUAAAAAUAAAUGGAGAGAACAUUUAAUGGGUGAUCAUCCAUGCGUAAAAAAUUCAAGAGUCACGCUGCAAAAGACUUGUUCAAAAUCGCCUUCCAAAUCACAAGAUAUUGGCAGUAAGAUGACAUCUCCAACGGGUAGAGAUUAUUAACUAAGGCAAUCGAGAGCAACGAAAUGUAAAAAAUAUUUUUAGCCUAAGAGUUUUGUUUAAUAUUUUUAUCGAUUUGUUAGUUCAGUCUUUUUGAAUAUUUGUAUACACAUAUUUUUAAAUAAUAGAAUAAGUAAAGUAGAAUAAGAAAUCCCGUCCUUCGAAAAAAGAAUGCAAGUUCUCAUUGUAAAUUAUACAUGCAAAAUGAGAGCUUUGUUUCUUACGUCGUAUAGUUAAAAAAAGUUGACAAUUUCCUUAUUAGCCGUAUGCGCGAUUCGUGAUAAAGCAUAUUAUUGCUGGUACUACUAUUCCAAUUGUCUUUUUUAAAAUCAUAUAUAUCCAUACGUCCUUUUGAUCCGGCCAGAUUUAUAUAUCUUCAAGAGUGUGAUGUUCGGAUAGUAAAAAAUAAGUUUGAAUUUAUUGAUUAUUUUGUUUGAAUGUUGUGUUGAUAUUAAUAAUGUAAAAUAUACUGCAAUUCAAUUAAUCUGAGAAAAUAAAAUAAAGAGUUUUUAUACAAGAA